AAACAAAGACCUGACUCCGCCAUAGCUCCAAGAAACAAAGAACCCACCUUUACAUUCAUACAAGAUAUAACGACACCAUAAACGCUAAACCCUUCUCAAUUCUCACGUCCAAUUCAGAUUUCAGCUUCUGGGUUUUGAUUGGAUUGGGAUUUCACCUCAGAAAGUCAUCAGCUUUGGGAUUGAAGGACAUGGGUGAGGUGGCGGCAGCUGCGUCUUCUUCUUCUUCGUCUUCAAUCUUCACCAACUACCCUCUUCUCUCUGCUCUCAUAGCUUUCGCUCUUGCCCAAUUCAUCAAGCUCUUCACCACCUGGUACAAGGAAAGAAGAUGGGAUAUUAAGCAGCUUAUUGGAUCCGGGGGAAUGCCAUCAUCUCAUUCUGCGACUGUUACUGCUAUUGCUACAGCCAUUGGGUUUCAAGAGGGCGUCGGUGGAUCACUCUUUGCAAUUGCACUGGUCUUAGCAUGUGUUGUGAUGUAUGAUGCAACCGGUGUAAGAUUACAGGCUGGACGUCAAGCAGAGGUUUUGAAUCAAAUUGUGUACGAACUUCCCUCUGAGCAUCCUCUGGCUGAGAGCAGACCACUGCGUGAACUUCUUGGCCACACACCCCCUCAGGUUAUUGCUGGUGGGAUUCUUGGAGUUGUCACAGCAACCAUAGGUCAUUUGAUAAUCUUGGCUACUAGUCAUAUAUGAUGCCCAAAUGGGUUAACAUCCCCAGAUAGAUAGUGAUACAAUGUAACAGGAUCUCUUAUUGUCACAUCUCCUGUUACAUGUUUGGAUUGCACAUUUGCAGAUCCCUCAUCACAUGUGGUUUAUUCUUUCUCAAACUUACAUAUAGGUCUUCCUGCCCAUAAUCCAGUUAGCAUGUCCUUGCUUUGUGUAUAAACACUAGCAUGCUGAUAAAAUUUGAUUGACUUCAUAGCUUUUCCUGAAUAGUUUCGUUUCAAAUAAUAUUUGUAGCAUGCUCAUGAACUAG